GACUAUUACAACCAUUUUCAGCGUGGAGGCCAUCGUGAAGAAAAUACACCUCUGUUCGUAUCUUUUAGCACAGAAGCGUCGAGGAUAAACAAACUCUUGCUCAUUCAUAAUGGGUGAUGGUGUACUUCCAAGAAAUUCUAUUAGAAGGGUGUCGAGAAGAUAAUUGUUUGCGCUUCUUUCGAGUUGAAACUACGGAUUGUGAGCGGUCAGUCUUGCCUCAGCUCUGAUGUUCUGAAUAUGAUGUUGUCAUCGUCGUCGUCCUGCGUGCGAAUUUCAGUGCGUGCACCGGUACCGUGGGUGCAACAAUCUAUGAGCCACAGGGGUAUCGCCUCCAUGGCCUCAGACGCAUCAUUACGACAAAAGAACCGUACUAAUUCCACGGAAUCAUGCGCCAGUCAAACAGGUGUUAUACCUUUGCUCCGCAACUCCUGUAUGGGGCUGCUGCCGAUGGGGAGUAGAAAAAGAUCUAGUCCAGGACGAGAACUACAACUAACAAGGGAUGAUACAACUAUAUUUUUAAGCAGGGGAUCAACGCGGACCACCAGCUCCGUACUUUUGACAUUAUCUAGGAGAGCAUACAGUGGAACAAAUUUAGAGCGACCCAACGAUUUGCUGCACGCAGGUGAGUGGCAAUCACCGGAGGCGCACGGCUUGGGGUCACCCGAGCCUCUGAGCAGCAUACCAAUGAAGAAUGGCAAGAAGGUGCUUCCUGGCAAAGUGAGUGUCAUGCCGCUGACCUCGGUAAAAGCAGCGAAGAAAAGCAUAGCCGAGGCAGCUGAGAAGAAUCGAAAGAAUUUACCAGUAUCGCUUUGUCGUGCAGGGCUUACGGAGCAACAAGCUCGCGAACGAAAUUUGCGUAGGCAUGGCACCGAAGUCCCCGCCCAUGCGGAGCGCGUCACGACGCUCUAUACCCGUGAUAACUUCGAGGACAUGCCGAAUCUUCGGAGCGAAUAUACGUUUAUGAUUGUGGAAUUAUAAUAACUGAAUAGAUCUUGCCAAAGCACAAAAGGCAUCCUUGUUGUACUCAUUUCUUUUUUUGUUCAGCUUGGUCCUGAAGAAAAUUCAAACAUACUACGGUCAUCUUCACAUCAUUAUUCAUCUUCCGAUCCCAGAAAAUUUUGAUAUUCCAUCUUCUCUUGCUUCAUUGUAUCCUUCGGCGAUUACGUGCUGUGGGCUUUCUUUAUAUUAAGGACGCUGUGCUGGUUUUUUCAUCUUGCUGUGUGCAGCGUAAGUAAGCACCCAGUUAUACAAAGUAAAGCGUACUGGUACCGCUCUCCAUUUAGAGCAAGUCUACAGCAAGCGGGGGGGAGCGGUAACCACGGUAAGCAGCUAUUAUUUCCACCUGCACUUAGGAAUAGAAGUCAUAAGGCAAUGAGAAAAUCUAGCAUUCUUUUAUGUAACGCGUUAUGGAGUACGGCUUUUUUUGCUGUUUGGGUUGGGUGGACCAAGAACCCAAAUCUUCGGGAAAACCGGUGGAUAUGGUGCGUCGGCGAAUACGCAGCGCUAGCGGGGAUGGUGUGCUCCUUGGGCUCGGUGUGGAUACUGACGUCGAGUGGCCGAUUUCUCUAGCAUAAUCCUGGUUUUUAUCACUGCUUUCUUCGUAGCACGGGAGAUGCCAGUGCCACAAGAAAAGACAAAAACAAGAAGAGAGUUUCUAUACAAAACAAUCACCAACUACAAGGUUGCUCCGAUCUUGAUAGGCCGAGGUGAAAAAGGAAGAAACUACACCAGAUGCACAGAGAAAAAGGCGGAUGAGAAGUCAGGAAUUGUAAUAUGCACCAGAAGCUUCUUAUGUGGUCUUGUAGGAAGAGUACGGUUUACCGUGGAUAGAUGCAGCUGGUUGUCGCUGGUCGUGGUAGUGUCGCAUUACAUUAUCAAACCAAAGAUUUUGAGUGGUUAUUCUAAUGCCAAGAUAUUGGCUCUCUGUCGUUGUCCAGUUAUGAAUCCUUUACACAGUAGACGAUCUGUAUCUAGCAGCUUGCUCUUGCUUAC